AUGAACAAUUUACUUAAACGAUUCGAACCAUCCUUAACAGAUGUGAUCAAGUAAUAUAAGGGAAUAUGAAAUAGGUAUCUCCAAGAACAUUAAGACAUGAUCUUAAUUGAACGCAACCCGUAUUAGGCAGAUAGAUUGAUGAUGAUGUUGGAUAACGAGAAACUGGAUGCUUUGGACAAGGAGUUUCAUGAACAUCCGAAUGGUAUUGAGUUACCAAAUUUCAUAUGGUUAAUGAAAUGUGCAAUCUCGCAUGCUCCUGAGGAUAAAUAUGAAUUAGUUAAUGGAUUGAUAAAGUUGUUUCAGGAUAUAGAUAUAAAUGGGGAUGGCCAUAUGGAAUGGGCUGAGUUCACUUAAUAUAUCAUUGAUGCAGUUAUUGGUUCGAAGGAUGCUUAACUUUACGAUACCAGAUUCGAGAAGGAGAGGGAACUGACAGAAAUUGAAGUACUUGACAGGGCCUAUUCAAGAAAAUCUAAACGCUACAUCCCUAUGGCAUAAGUAGAUGAUUCUAAUCACAAGAACCCAAUCAAGAACGUAAAUCUAAUUAUCAAAAUCUUAGAUUGCCUACUGCGCAUAAUUAGAUAGUGUUAUUUGCUUGGAAUAAAACUCGUAACAUUUGAGAUUCUACACUCCUGAGUGUCAGGAUAAGAAGUUUACCUUGGCACCUGAAUCCGAAUAAGGGAAAAUAUUCAUCUUACACUUCCAUACUGUUGAUAACUACAUUGCAGCAGUUACAAGUGAUAGACAAUUGAUAUUUUGGGAUGCAACAACAUUUAAAGUCAUUAAAUAAUUCAAGUAAGAAGUGUUAUAGACUGGCAUCUGGUACUUCCCUUAUCAUGAAUUAUGGGUAACAGCUGGAUCUGAUUACAAUAUUAGAGGAUGGAGUAUACCUUGGAAUGAAAAGGAUUCUAAAGGAUAAGUAAUUAAAUUCUUGAAUGCUCAUACAAAACAAAUAACAGAUAUUGUUGAAUUGAUUAGUCCUAAACUACUGGCAUCAGCAAGUUAAGAUGGUAAAAUUAAGUUGUGGGAUAUGCAGGAUUAGAAAUUUAUAACAGAAUUGAAAACACCAGCUCCGUCAAAAAGAGGGGUUAAAGGAUUAAGUUACAAUCAAGAUUAUGGAUCAAAUCUAAUUAGUUAUGGAUUUGAAACUUAUAUCAAUGUUUAUUGUCCAGAAGUGUCAAUAACUAGAGCAUAUAUUGGAAGAUUGGAGGGACAUUCUUCAUUAGUGGUGACUUGCAAAUUCAUUCCCCAAUCUCCUAAUUGUGUUAGCAUCGAUGAUCAUACAAAUAUUAGAAUAUGGGAUAUUAGAUAGAUGAGUAGUGUGUAAGUGAUACCAAAUGAUUAAUAAUCCUUAGUAACUGAUUUGUGUAUAAUAACAAGGACUGAUAGAUUUGUUUAUUCAGGAAAGAGAUUGAAUUAUUUCUACAAUGCUGCUUAAAUGAGUAGUAAUUAGAAAUAGAAAGGACCUAAUGAGGAAGUGUAUCCAAUAAAUGUUGAAUUCAAUAUGUAUUUCAAUUAAUUCAUUGUUCUAACUAAAUUUGAUUUGAGAAUAUAUGAUGCAAUGGGUGGUAAACUGAAGAAAGUGAUGAAUGAAGUAUUUGAUGACAAAAUACAAUUGGAUUUAUCAACAUUUUGCUUAGGAGGAAGGCAGAGAAAACUGUUCAUAGCUGACAAUGCUGGAUUGAUCAGAUAAUAUAACAUGAAAACAGGAGAGUUUCUUAAAAAAGUUAAUAUGCAUAAUGAAAUUGAGAAUUCGGAGUUUGCUAAUAAAUUGGCUAAUAUCAAAAAAAGAGACACAUUGGAUAUCAGUUCAAUCAUAUUCUUGCAAGAAGAGAAACUGUUGAUAUCUGCAAGUCAAGAUUCCACUAUUAGAAUAUAUGAUGAAACUGAUCCUGAAGAAUCAAUCCUACUAAAGGUAUUUUGUGGUGGACAUUAAAAUUCUGAAAUCCUAUCUAUGGCAUUCAGUCCUAAUUUCACAAUGCUAGCUACUGGAAGUGCAAAUGGUUUGAUUUCUCUAUGGGAUUUUGAAACAAGUAAAUUAUGUGGAGUCCUUAAUACUCCAUAACCAUUGGCAGAGGUUACUGCUCUAGAAUUUGCAGAUCCAUAUCCUGUCUUAGUGAGUUUGUAAGGAAUACUCAUAAGCAUCUGGAAUAUUAAAACUAAUAAAUGUCUGUUAAGAAUCCAUACCAAUCCCUAGCAUCCCAUGUUAUCUGUAGCCAUCUUCUCAGACAUAUCAAGUGGACCUUCAAGAUAGGAAUUGUUACCUGAAUUUUCAGGUCCUUUGGUCGAUAAAACUGCUCAGGAUAAAAAAUCCAAGUUAAAUUUAUAAGAAGAACAAGAGGGGUUAAUGAAGGACAUUUAACAAUAUGAUACUGAAUAACAUCAAAAUAAAAGGAGGGCCUUACUCUACAUGGGAGAUUAGAAGGGAUAUAUGCAUAUUCUAUCACUAACAGAGUUUUUAUAGAGAAAAGGAAUUACUGAGAUGGAAAAAUUAAAGAAGGGUCAUUCUUAUUAAUUAAAGAGGAAAGACUUGAUAGAUGUAUCCAAGAGUAUUGAAACAUUCUUAGUAUAAGAGGAGAAACAAUCGAACCCUGUUCUUACUUGCAAUAUCUCUGCUUUGCUUAUUAGAUAAUGGGUGGCUCAUAGUUCUGCCAUUGUCAAAAUCAAUAAAGUUCGAGAGUUAGUCUCAUUCAUCAGUUCAUCGAUGGAUAAACACUUUAAGAUAUGGUCGAUGAAAGGAGAUUUAUGGUCUGAUAUAAGUUUGGCUAAAUAUGAUGGAUCCAAUUAUUGGAAGUUCCCUUUUGAUUGGGUAGGCUAAAAAUUAAAGGACAUUGAAUUGGUAUUUGAUGCUCUAAAAUUGAUUGAAAAAGAGAACCUAUCUCCAUACGAAAAGGAAAGAGUGAAGGUCAGAUUUCUGGUUAAUAAGUAUUUUAAUGAAGCAACACUGGAAGAAAUGCAAAGAAAUUAUGCUUAACCUGAAUAGGUGAUAGUUCAGAGGGAGAAAAAGUAAAUAUCUAUUAAUAAAAGUUAGACGUCUCAUUUAAUCAUAGUCUUAGCCAAUGAACAUAGCUUUGAAAUCGAUUGCUGAACCAUACAAAGAAUUGACACAAAAAAUGAAGGAUGAUCAAUUGAAAAAGAAGAAACUAGAAUUACCUGAAGUAUAGGAAGAACCCAAAAGACCUCAAUCCUAACAUGGGCUAGUUUAGAGAUUGAUCCUUGCAUUCAAUGACAACAAAGACAUAGCCAAAGAGGAUGGAAUUGAUUCCAAAAAGAAACAAAUUAAUAAAAAUGCUCAUUAAAAGCGUAUCUAAGAAUUACCACAAAUGAAACCCUCUACUAGUCAUUCAACAUUCUUAUAAAAAUAUCAAAGAAAUUAUAGAUUCAUUUAAACUCAAGUUUAGACUAGACCACAUACCGAAUCUAAGAAAUAUAAAUUUGUUCAUGAUAUCAAAUACUAAUUUGGAGAAUCUCAAAGAGCCAUGAAGAUCAAAUAUUAUCAAAACUCUCUUAAAUUUUAAUCUAUAAGUCCAUAAAUGUUAUGUGAUGACAAUGAAAUUCUAUAGAUGAAAUGCAAAUUCUACAAAAAAUAAAAUGAAGAUCUCAUCGAAUCAGAAUCAUCUGAUAAAUCUUAUGAAGAAGAUGAUCUUGGACAUCCAAAAUAACAUAAACAAAUUAUUGCUAGUCAUAAUUUCUUAAACAAUGCUCAAAAGAACGAUCACAAAGUAUUAAAUACAAAAAAAAAGAUUUUUGUUGUCUGA